AUGCAUCGUAACGACAAAUCUCGGAGACUCAUAGUUAACCUGCAGGGUAACGACAAACCUCGGGGACUCAUAGUUAACCAGCAGAGUAACGACAAACCUCGGGGACGUAGAGUCGACCAGCAGAGUAACGACAAAUCUCGGGGACGUACAGUCUACCAACAGGGCAACGACAAAUCUCGGGGACGUAUCGUCCUCACCACCGACCUAGACGCCAUGUUUCAUAUGAACAAUUCACGGUACUUACGGGAAUGUGAUCUGGCACAAACCAAGUUAUGGUUGGAAAGUCACGUGGUCAAGACAAUAGGUCAGAGGUUCCAUGUCACUAAUGCUGCCACCAACAUUCGCUUCCGGAGGUCACUGGAACUCUUCACACGAUAUCAGAUUGUCUCCAGGUUUAUUCACUGGGACGAGAAGGCGUUUUAUAUCGAACAACAGUUCGUGCGUUUGUCUGACGGAUUCGUGUGUGCUGUGAAUAUAUGUAAGCAGGCUACUAUAGGAUGUACACCCGCCAGUAUGGUCCAACGUGUGGACGAGCACCUAACAUCACCCCCGGUCACAGAGGAACUUCGGAAACUCAUGACCUCCUGGAAACUCUCCAGCGAACGUCUGAGAAAAUCGUCAUGAUGGCAAGAGGAUAGACUUUAAACUUUAAAUGUGCUAGUAGAAUUGCUGCUACAGUGUACCAUCGAGAUAUAAAAUAUUGUCUAGAUAGAUUGGAUGUAUAUUAUUUUUAUCGAAUGCGACAUAACCACCUGUAACACCUUUAAUGAAAAAGGAACUGUAUCCCCCUGAUUAAUUAGGACAUCAAAUCGUCUGUUAGAAUUUGAUGUGAUGUUGUUUUCUUAUGUAACAUAAUCUUAAAAUAUUUUCAAUGUUGGACUCAAUGUAUAAAGUAUUUUCAAUAUUGGACU